AUGGUAUACACAAGACGCAGUAAAAAGUUGGAACUCCAAGCUGCAAAAGUGAAUACAACAGAACGCAGUUUAGCACCUGCAGACGAGCAUUUUAUUUGGAGUACUGAACGGAAGAUUGCAUUGUUCCAAUCCAUGAUUAAUCGGAAACCGGCUGGAAUAAAUAAGCAUAUCAAUAUGAUUCUCAUUAAAACUGAUCUCAGUAAACGUCUUGGGAUGGAUGUGCCCGUUAAAGAAAUAUGGAGAUUUCUUAAUGCUCAUUGGGAUUUGACAAAAGCUGAUAGAAUAGAACUCCCACCAGUGUUUAUGAUAAAAAAACCUUUUGAGCUACCCAAAACUGAAGAAUGGAUGAAAUUAAUUAAAGAAGAAGGAGAAUUAAUAGAUGCCCGUGAAAAAAGAGAUGCAGAGGCUAAGAAGCAAGCAAGGAAAGCAAGGAAAGCAAGGAAAGCUGCAACCAGUGAAGUGGAUUUAACAACAUUAAAGAAUGUUACGAUAAUGGUGGACAGAUUGGACGAUAAUUUGUUUGCUCAUCUUUUGAAAAAAAUAAAAAAAUAA